AUGGCCCCCGCUCCAAUUUCAUCCUCCAUUACCGACUUCGUCAUCCAAACGAAGCAAGACAACCACGGGCUCGAUAUCCCUCAGCCGGCACGAGAGCGCCUCGCCAAAGCCGGCAUCGACAUCUCGCAAGGCUACCCCUACAAUCCCGCCAAACCGCUCUACCUCGACGACGUAUACAACAUCCGGAACGAGCCGCGGGAAUACGUCGAUGCCGGAAGCCGUGCCGACCCAGACAAGAAAGCGCUCCUAGGCGCCGCCAAAGAAGUCAUCAACCUGACCCGCCACAUUGGAACCGAGAUUGUUGGCUUGCAGCUCAAGGACCUGACCAACCAGCAGCGCGACGAACUUGCUCUCCUGAUUGCGGAGCGCAGCGUGGUCUUUUUCCGGGACCAGGAUCUUUCGCCGCAGAAGCAAAAGGAGCUAGGCGAGUACUUUGGCGAAGUCGAAGUCCACCCACAAGUAGGACAAGUGCCCGGCGUCCCCGGCGUGACUGUACUCUGGCCGGCGCUGCAAGCAGUAGAGCGCAAGCCCAACUUCCGGCGCACCGGAGGGUCUUCGGCAUGGCAUACUGAUCUGGUGCAUGAGCGUCAACCCGCUGGCAUCACGCAUCUCCACAACGACACCAUCCCAAGCGUUGGCGGAGACACGCUCUGGGCCAGCGGCUAUUCAGCCUACGAAAAGCUGUCCCCUGCAUUCCGCAAGAUCAUCGAUGGCAAGACGGCAAUAUACCGUUCAGCCCAUCCCUACCUCGACCGCAAAAACCCCGAGGCCGGACCCCAGUACAUCGAGCGAGAACAUCCGCUGGUGCGCACGCAUCCAGUGACGGGUUGGAAGGCGUUGUGGGUGAACCGCGCCAUGACACUGAGAAUUGUUGGCUUGGACAAGGCCGAGAGCGAUUUGAUUCUGGGGUAUUUGUAUGAUGUGUACGAGCGCAAUCCUGAUAUCCAGGUGCGGUUCAAGUGGUCUCCAAGGACGAGCGCGCUGUGGGAUAACCGGAUCACAAUCCACAACGCGAGCUGGGACUAUGAAGGCCUCGAGCCAAGGCAUGGCACUCGAGUGACGUCUCUGGCAGAGAAGCCAUUCUUUGAUCCCAACUCGCCGACGAGACGUCAAGCCUUGGGGUUGUUGGGCCCUUCAGAGCUCAGCGAGCUGCAUGAGGAUGGCGCGUAG